AUGGACGCGCUCUCGUCCACGCUCUCCACCGCGGCGUCCGCGGUGAGCGACACGGUGACGCAGGGCGCGAUGCACGCGCUCGUCGGCGGCGGCGACGGCGCGGGGGGGGGCGAAGUCGCGAGUUUCAUCGCGAAGCGCGGGACGCACUUCGUCGAUGGGUUCGCGCGCGCGUGCGUCGACGCGACGGCGGCGAACGUGCGAGACGCGGCGGAGGUGCUGCGAACGACGACGCUGAACGCGGCGAUACAGAGCGAGGCGAGCGCGACGAGCGAUUUGCCGACGCUCGAGCGGGCGGUGAAGGCGAUGAGUUCGAGCGCGAAGACGGCGAUUGAGAAUUACGAUAGACGCUCGCGAGCGAUGCCGCAGCUGCGAUACGAGUUGUUGGAGAAUUUGAGCGAGAAGAAGUUGGCGCUGGAGAAGAAAAUAGAGGCGGCGAACGCGCCGAGAGAGCUGGCGAGGCGGCAGAUGUUGAAAGAAAUCAUGAGCAAACCGAGGCGAGGGUAG